UUUACAAAAAUACAUACGAAAAAAGAGACUAAUUACUUUUAAUGGUUUAAUUCGUCGAAGAAAUGCUGUUUCUGGCAUCGUUGGCGUACCAGUUGGACGGUGUCUUCGGGCUGAAAAUCGAUGCACAGUGGACGGUGUGAAAAGUGCGAAAAUUCCUCGACGAAAAGUGCUACCCGCCCAGCGUUCGCGACGAUGCGCUUGCAGUGCGCGAUAAUGGUGUAACGAAAAGGGGAAAAACGGCAACGCUCCCAUCUCAGCAACAACACCACCAGCAUCAUCACCAGCUCCGUGGUAGCAGCAGCGCUCCGCCCGACUACCAGUCCGACCGAACCUGGCAAGCUACUUUGGAGCUGUUUUGGUCUCGGACCUAGCACACCGUGCUCAAGUGAAGGCGUUUCGUCUGCGGGCCCGCGAUUGGUCCCGUCCCUCCCGUGCAUGGUAGUGUGUUUAUUUAUCACCCAUCUCAGCCGAAGCGAACGGAGCGGCCAAUAAUCAUAACAAACUUAAGAGCGCCUUCCGUGGCCCCCAACACACAGUGUGGCAGCAGCACCAUGUCGUCAGGUUUGGUGGAAAAAUCGUUCGUCAACAACGAUGAGCUGUUCUAUCUGAAGUGGAACAACUUUCAGAAGAACGUCAGCACCCAGUUCGAAAAGUUGCGCGAAGACGACGACCUGGUGGACAUAACGUUCGCCUGCGAGGGCCGAAUGCUUACCGCGCACAAGCUGGUUCUGUUCGCGUGCAGCCCUUACUUUAAGGAGCUGCUAAAGAAAAAUCCCUCCCCGCAUCCAGUGUUUUUCAUGAACGACGUCAAGUACGAUGUGCUGAAAGCCAUCCUGCAGUACAUGUACCUCGGCGAGGUGCACAUCACGAAUGAGAAUCUGAAGGAAUUCAUCAAAACCGCCGAAGGGCUGCAAAUCCGUGGACUGAGCAAAGAAAACAAUGGUGAUCUGAUUAUCCCGACACACCAGGACGUACUGCGCCGGGAGGAAAAGAACGAACAAAUGCUGGACGAGUUCUGCCGGAAGCGGUCCGACAUUGGGGAGCUGCAGACAUCGUCCGUGCUGAACAUAAAGCGCGUCAAGACGGCCCCGGACGGCUCGAUGACGGCCGGCGGCGGCGGCGGUCCGGAUGGAAAUGUAUCGGACGUAGAACCGAAAGUGGAAAUGGUCGAGUAUCUGGACAGUGAGGCGGGCACGCACCAAUCGCCAACGUACUGCAGCAUGGAACCGUACGCGGAUAAAACCAAUGCCCGCACUGCCAUGGGCCAUCUGGGGGCAAUCAAUAAUGUCGCUGGUUUCAGUCAAACCGGCGCCGCGACCGUUUCCGGCGCAGCGGGACCUAAUCAACCCGGUGGCUCUACCGGCCACAGCCAUAAUGUGCACGAGUACAAAUCGGAGGACGACAGCAGUUGGAUGGAGAAGUCGCUCGACAACAUUUCCGUCAACUCGGAGCAAAGCAUGAAGUACAACAGCGGCGGUGGCGGCGGUGGUGGCAGUGGAGGCGGCAGCGGGAACGGCGGCGGCAAUGGCGACAAGAGCAAGGGGCGCAGCAGUCGGAACAGCAACCGGUCCACGGACGACAAAGCCAACUGUCUGACGCCACGCUGCUGUCCGGUCUGUUCGCGGCUCUACUCGAACGUGUCCAAUCUGCGGCAGCACAUGCGGCUGAUACACAACCCGACGGCCGUCUGCUGCCCGAUCUGCCAGAAGCACUUCAACUCCGAGCUCUACCUGAAGCGCCACUACUCGUCGAUACACUCGAUCAAUCCUAACAGCACCGGUGAUGGUGAGCUGGUCGACACGAAACCUCCCGCGUCGCAACUGCAGCAGCAGCAGCAAGCACCUCCCCAGCAACAGCAAGGCCCUCAGCAAACGCAACAACAACAACAGCAGCAACAACAACAGCAGCAGCAGCAACAACAGCAGCAGCAGCAGCAACAGGCCCAACAGCAACAACCUCAACAGCAAGCUCCAGCACCGACGGCAAAUACCUGGAAUCCGUACCAUCAUCACGAUGCCUCCCAGUUGGUGAAUCCUUUUAUCAAGUAAUUGAUGCCACGUUAUCGCAAGGCCGAUGGAACCUUCUAAUGUGAGUGGCGACAGUGCGACACUACCACUACACAGUCGGUCGUUCAUACCACAAGCGGUAUGGAGUUGUUGCUCUGUUUCCUGGCCAAGGACCUGCUACUAUGAGUGUACCUAAUAUCCGCAUUGGUCACUUCUCUCACCUUCUGCUCACUGUCUUAUAACUAAUAACUGGAGUAUAAUACAUAAUUCGCCACAAUUCACGAGAUGUGGUGGAAGUUGAAUUCAUGCGGCAUGUUGUAAACUCUCACGAACGGAAUCCACUGAAUGUGCAAUACGAGAAUCUAUUUUUACACCGGAACCACUUGUAUACAUGGAACCACUACAUAUACAUCUGCUGCUGUUGUUGCAUAUGAACGGUGCCGAACGUUACAUACUACAUUGGCCAAAAUUGUAUAAAAAAGGGGAAACGCAAGUAGAGAACUGAUGUUGGACAUCGUCCCGUACAUCAGCAGUACACCAGCGAUCGUCGUAUCAUGUGUGCUUUGUGGUUUAGUCCAUCGUUUGGUGCAAUGGCGCUGUUUAGAUGCACUGAAGGAAGACGAACCUCCUCCUUCCUUUGGGGAAAAGCAUAUUCAGAGAGAAAUGUUUCAGAAUAUUGAAUUCGUUCCGCCGUGUUGAUUUUAACCUUUCGCUGGCUAGCUUUGUAAGGGUUUAAUAAGUUUAGCUUUAGGGUGACUUGUUUUAACGGUACAAAAAGAUGCCACGAAAGUGUGCAUUGGUUUUUAGUUUAGCUGUAGAGCGACCGGUUUGCUGAACAUAUUGCGCCGAAAUGAGGGAAGAUCGUGUAAACACGCGAAAGUUAAUGGAGAAACGAAGGUAGAAAAGGGGGUCCUCUGGGUACACCCAACUGUAUGGUACUAUGUACUUAUGCGUACACUUUUGUUGGCUUUGCUUCAUAAUUUUGAACGACAUUGGGAUGUUGGCGAAAAGUUAGUGAUAGCGUUCAAACAAAAACAUUGCCCAGUGGUAACUUAUACAUACAAAAACAUAGGGUGGUGAAGGGGGCCGGUCCCAUGGUACAUUCGCUUAACAGCUUGUGCGCGCGCUGCGAUACAAAUAAAAUUCGUGCCGAGAGGACUACCAAUCCCCAUUAAGAGCUGGAUCUAAAGGGUCUGGACCGGUUACGGUUGUUGCGCCAAGUAGGAGAAUGAAAAGAAGAAAGUGCACACAUGCAAACAAUCUGUCCUUAAUCCUUGUAAAGUCGUCUGGUACGUGUCCGAACACGGAAAACAAUAAUAUAUACGUACAAAUGUGUAAACGCAACUAGAACGAAAAGCAGCCUAGGUUUAAUGCUUUGCGUUAAGUUUCCAGUUCGCGCAGGCGUGUAAGUUUCGCAGUGAAAUGAAUGGGUUUGCAGCAGGAUUUGCCAAUCACCCCGCCGUUAGAGACAGGAGCAAACUACCUUUCAGGUGCAUCAGCAUCUCCCAAUCAUGUUUACGCCGAUGCUUCCGUAAUUUAUGUUCACGCACACUCUCCCCCCUCCGUACUAUUCGCCCACAUUUUAGCCUGAUUAUUGUACAUACACAUAGAGUAUUAAUAUAGAACAGUAAAAAAAAACUAUCGGUAAAAUGAUCCAGUUGAUUGGGGCGUAUAAAUAAAGCAAGGUGGAAAUAAUACUGUA